GACCCGAGAUAAGCUUCGCCAACGCUCACAGAUUCUCCGCCAUCACUACUAACCAACUCCGCUUCGGAGAUAACCGCACCUAUCAGUUGCUUUGAAUCCCUCAAAGCAUGGGCAAUACCUGGAGUGACACGGCGCAAUUAUGCUGCCUGCUUACUAGUUGCGCCGGAACGACUCCCACUGGUUCCGCCCGUCAGACUCCCCAAGCCUCGGAGAUCCUGCAGCGAUCUACACUCCUCUAUGCAGCAAGUCCAGCCGGCCCUCUGAGUCAAGCUCAGUAGCCGGCGCCAGCACAGUAUAAAGUCUUCAUCAACGCGGCUGAUAAUACUAGCAUUGUUCCAAGUCAAUGGACAUUUGCCUCGUCGCCUAGCUCAACCCAAAAAAUCACACAAUGGAGCUCAAAGAUUUCAAGGCAACCUCUCAGGAGCAGGGCCGUCUACACCAAGAACUAUGGGAGCUUACUCAAACCUAUAAAGUUGGUGGUGUAUUGCCCAGUGCCAGUGAUUUGUCGAGAGCCAGAGCGUCUUUGCCCGAGUCUCUCACUGAUGAAGGGGCGGGGUUUGAAACUACUACACAGCAUAUCCUGAACGAAUUGGUUCCGGCCUUCAACCGCAGCAGCAUAAGCCCCAAUUAUUACGGGUUUGUCACAGGUGGCAUUACCCCGGCCGCAUUGUUCGCAGACAAUCUUGUCUCUGCCUACGAUCAGAAUGUCCAAGUGCAUCUGGCAGAGCACUCGAUAUCGACGGACGUCGAAGCCACUGCUUUGGGCCUUCUCGCAGACCUCUUACGACUAGACCGGCCUCGUUGGAGCAACGGAACCUUUACCACGGGAGGUACAGCCAGUAAUAUUCAUGGGUUAGCUUGCGGGAGGGAAUUUGUCCUCCGGGCUGCUGCAAAGAAGAAGGGCAUUGAUGUCGAAAGCGUUGGCGAGUAUGGCUUGUUUGAACUCAUCCACGCCACAGGCCUCUCCGGUAUACAAGUUCUCACAACUUUGCCUCACUCUUCGUUAACGAAGGCGGCUGGGAUACUUGGAAUUGGCCGUGCAAACGUCAAGAGCAUGUGUCGGGAUGAUCAUUACCUUCAAUUCGAUUUGGAGCGGCUUGAAGCUGAACUGGCAAGGUCCGACAAGGCGAGCAUCGUGGCUAUCUCCUGUGGAGAGGUGAACACCGGACACUUCGCGACAUCUAGUUUGGCCGAAAUGGAGAGCUUGCGUCGCCUCUGUGACAAAUACGGGGCUUGGCUUCAUGCUGAUGGUGCCUUUGGUAUUUUUGGCCGUGUUCUGGAGGGCGCUGAAUUUUCCACUAUCACCAAAGGAUGCGAAGGCUUGGAACUGGCGGAUUCUAUCGCGGGCGAUGCGCAUAAACUACUCAACGUGCCAUAUGAUUGUGGCUUCUUCCUUUGUCGCCAUCCUGGUGAAGCAGAGAAGGUUUUCCAAAACGCGAAUGCGGCUUACUUGACUGGGGGCCAGUCUGGAGCCCCUUCGAUACCUUCUCCCCUGAACAUUGGAAUGGAAAAUUCGAGACGGUUCAGAGCUCUGCCAGCAUACGCUUCGCUUGUGGCGUAUGGUCGAAAUGGAUAUCGGGAAAUGCUGCAGAAACAGAUUCGACUCAGCAGAAGGAUUGCAGGGUGGAUCUUUGAUCAUCCCAAGUACAAUGCACUGCCAGAAAUGGCCAGUAAGGAUGCUCUGCUGGACCACACUUACAUCAUAGUUCUCCUCAGCGCGAAGGACGAAGAACUGAACAACAACCUAACCAAGAGGAUUAACGCAACUUCGAAGAUGUGGGUGUCGGGAAGCUCCUGGCAAGGCAGACCGGCUUGUCGGAUUGCAAUUUCAAACUGGAGAGUCGAGGAAGAGAGAGAUUUUGCGCUUGUGACAGAUGUCUUGGAUAGCGUGGCUGGAGGAAGGUCAUAAAGUGUUCGAACUGCGAACCUGAUGCCUCAUUAUUGUACUCAUGAUAAUUAUUUUAAUUGAAGCCAAACCCGGU